GUUGUGGCGCACCCACCUGCUGCCAGAAGAUGAGCAGGUCCACUUCGGGCGCUGCGUGCAUCUCCGGGGCAAAGACUCCGAGCAGGUGGUACAUUGUGCCCUUCUACGAUGCCGUUGCCCUGGGCUGAGCAAGAGGAAGCUUCCAGCGCAUGGGCGACUAGAUCUUCCAGGCGUCUCGGCCUCUGCCCUGGCGGACCUGCGGGCGUAUUUGUACGCCGGCGCGCUGCCGGGCGGCGAGGAGCUUCCACGGCUGCAGGCGCUGCGUUCUGCGGCGCAAGCCGCGGACCUGCCGGUGCUGCUGCGGAUCUGCGGGGCCAUGGGGGCCGAGGCUGUUGAGGCCCGAGCCAUGCCCGAGGUGCGCAUCCCGGCUUCGGGAGCUGUGGGCUCCCAGCUGACUGGGGCAGUGCUGGAGGCGGACUUUGCAGAGCUGCUAAAGGAGCUGGAGCUGGACGACUCUCUCGAUCGGGGUGAUCGCGUAUACUUGGUCUUCGGCGACAAGAUGCGGCCUUGCAGCGGCCUUGGGUUUCGUUCUGCGGCGAGCGGGUGA